UGGUACAAGGCUGUUGUCAAUAGCCUUGUACCAUGUGACCUCUGUGAUCAUUCACAGAUUUCAUUAGUAGUAAGCAAUGAUGUCAGAAGUGACAUCUUGUUUACUACUGUUCAUGUGAUCACUGAUUGGUCAAUCAGUGAUCACAUGAUUGGGACCUCACACAAGGGUCCCAUACAGCAUGCACAGGGAGCGCGCACAGGCCAAAAUGGUGGAGGGGUCCCAUACAGCAUGCACAGGCCAAAAUAGCGGGCGCUGUUUAUGAACGGCAACCUGCCCCUGCACUGCUCCCGUCUGGCCGUUUAUAUACAUGGGCCAGACGGGAAGUGGUUAAAGGAUAAAUCACCAUUU